AUGGACUCAAUGGAAGCUUUUCCUGAUGGAGAAUGGGAGUCUUUACGCAGACUGUUCUCCACUGAAGAGGCUGAUUUUGCCGCACAGUUCCUUGGUCACUCCCAUUUUCCAAAUGGGCAUGACCAUGGUUUGAGCUUUGGAAUCCAAUCCAGUUUUUGGCCUACUCAUGAAGCAAAUACAGAUGUGGCCAGGCUUGAUGAGAGUUUGUUUUAUCUGUCACAUACUACUAACUCCGAUUUAAAUUAUUUUUCACAAGAAUGUAGUUAUAGCGGCGGUUGUGGUACUGGUGUCCUUUUGCCCAGUUCCAGCUAUGACAACUAUUACUUCAACGAUUCUAACCAUAAUCUCAUAACCAAUACUAUUACCUCUACGGCCAUGGAUAUUUGUAUGGCCGAUGAGAAAGAUACUAGCUCAUUUGUCCCGGUGUUUCCCGAUUCUGCAUCCGAAGAAACUGUUUUAGUGGGAGAAAAUAUCAGCAAUGGGAAAUUGGGAAAUUUAGAUGAUGGUCAGAUAGCAGGCAUUGCCGUCCCUGAAAAUGAAUUGCAGCUCAAAAGGAAGUCAGAUGUGCCAGAACGGCUCAGGGGAGGAGAAGAGAAAAUCAACUCCGACUUGUCUGAGACAGCAAAGAAGAAACCUCGGGUUUCAAGAGAUGUAUGCGGAAGUAAGAAGAAUGUAAAAUCAAGAAGGGGUCUGAAACCCACUCCAAAUGGUAACAAUGAAGAAGACACCAAUGCUGUAAGUGAAGGACAGAGCUCCAGCAGUAUCAGCUCAGAGGAUGAUUCUAAUGCUUCUCAGGAGCUAAAUGGGGGGACAACUUCGGAGUCUAAAGGCUCUGCAGCUCUCAACUCGAAUGGAAAGACGAGAGCCAGUAGGGGGUCAGCCACAGAUCCCCAAAGCCUCUAUGCAAGGAAAAGAAGGGAGAGAAUAAAUGAGCGAUUGAGAAUCUUACAGAACCUUGUUCCUAAUGGAACAAAGGUUGACAUAAGCACAAUGCUUGAAGAGGCAGUCCAUUAUGUGAAGUUUUUGCAGCUCCAAAUCAAGCUAUUGAGCUCAGAUGACAUGUGGAUGUACGCUCCCAUUGCUUACAACGGAAUGGACAUUGGUCUCCAGAACCUCCACCAGAAGAUCCCUUCACUCCGGUGACCUCAGAGGAAAACCGUCAAGAAUUUUCCUUUGUUAAAAUAAAUGAAAGAAAAAUAAGAAACCAGUAUACUUUUGUAAUGAAUU